UUUGAGAAUUCCCAAGAAAAGCCCCUCACCCUGCCAUUCCACCAUUUAGUCUCCUCUCUCUCCCAUGUUCUCCUUCAUGUUGGAGAGACCUUUCAGUUGGGGGGGGCAGGUUGGAUCUGAUCUAAAGGGACAAAAGACAAGGGACAGCAGAAAUGCAAUUCAAUUCUCCCCCUAAAGGCAGACUAUUGUAGGGGAAAACAGCCAGCCUUGACCUCCAUCAGAGAUGGGGUGUGUGCGUGUUUGUGUGUGUGUGUACAUGUGUGCACACACGUGUGGCAGGGAGGCACCAAUACCCACUUUCUGGCAAUUCCAGAACCCUGGUCAUUCUCUGGGACUGGAAACGACACCAACAAGACCUACAGCGACACCCUCUGUAGAGCACAGGUCUCUACAACUUCUCCAGUUUCAGUGUCUACAAAAAGGAGCCAGUCACAGACACCCCUCAGGAUGCCACAAGUUAAGUGGCAGAAGUCAACGGUCCUCCAGGGAAGGCCCCCAUCACCUGGGGAAGCAACCCCCACCAAGCUGGGUCCAGACACACACAUAUACACAGGGACACUGCCUCACCCAUGGAGGCCCAGAAGAAGGGUCAAAACCAGCUACCCAGGAGGCAGGGCCUCACUUGCCUUGGGAGCCCCAGCCUGUCAGCAGCUGUUCCAGGUUCUGGCCCAGCCCAGUAUGGCUUCCUUGCUGCCUGUCCACACCUUGCCCUUGAUGCUGAUUCUGCUGGCUAUCCUGGCCCCCGGGGCUGCAGCAGAAUUCAACAUCUCAAACCUGUCUGGUCUGCUGUCCCCAGCACUAGCGGAGAGCCUGCUGGUUGCCUUGCCCCCUUGUCACCUUACAGGAGGCAACGCCACGCUGAUGGUCCGGAGAGCCAAUGACAGCAAAGUGGUGAACUCCAGCUUCGUGGUCCCUCCAUGCCGAGGGCGCAGGGAGCUGGUGAGUGUGAUGGACAGUGGGGCCGGCUUCACAGUCACUAGGCUGAGUGCGUACCAGGUGACAAACCUCCAUCCAGGAACCAAAUACUACAUUUCCUAUCAAGUGCAGAAGGGGUCAUCUACUGAAUCCAGCCAAGAGAUCCCAAUGUCCACGCUUCCUCAAAGGAAUAUGGAGUCCAUUGGGCUGGGAAUGGCCCGAACAGGGGGCAUGGUGGUCAUCACAGUGCUGCUGUCCAUCAGCAUGUUCGUUCUGGUUGUGGGCCUCAUCAUCACCCUGGCACUGGGCACCCGGAAGUGAGGAAGUCUAUCCUGCACCAUGGGCUUCUCCAGGACAUGUUCCAGCAUGCCCCCUUCCAGGCCUCGCUCACCACCUCUGGUUCCUUCAAGGCCUUCACCGCCCUCUCCCUGCCCCCUCCCCCCUGGAGCCCUUCCUCCUUCUGUCCCUCACCCUGCCCUCCAGUGCCUCACCUACCAAUGUCCCCCCUGUUAGUCCCCUCACCUCUCUCCUGUCAGAGUCCACCUUCCUCCCAUUUCACCACUACCCCUGGACAGAACAAUGCACCCCUCUCCCUGGGUCCUUUCAAUAAAGGCUGAACGUGUA